AUGACAAUCAAAAACGUUCACGAUUACGGACAGCGGCACCGACCACGGGUGGCAUGCCUGAAGAAGGUGGAGGCCCUGAUGCUGGAGAUGCAGGACCCAACGUCAGGUGUGAAGUCCCAGACCCAGCGUCUCGUCAUCACCACAAUACCUCACGCUCUCACAGGGGAGGAUGUGGCAGCGUGGCUUGCAAAACGUUUUAAUAUAGACACUGAAGAGGCGUGUGCCAUUGGGACGAUGAUGGUGGCGUUUGGGUACAUCUACCCCCUGAGGGACCACAAGAGACUCAUCCUCAAGCCAGACGCAUCACUCUACCGAUUCCAGACUCCAUACUUCUGGCCUGCUCAGCAGUGGCCGGUGGAUGACACAGACUACGCGAUCUACUUGGCAAAAAGAAAUAUACGCAAGAAAGGAGUUCUUGAGCUGUAUGAGCAGGAACAAUACAAUAACCUGCACAAAUGGCUGAAUCAUAAAUGGGACUUCAUUGUAAUGCAGGCCAAAGAACAGUACAGAGCGGGGAAGGAGAGGAAAAAGCCGGACAGAGUGGUGUUUGACUGCCAGGAGAGAGCAUACUGGGUCGUACACAGGCCGCCACCAGAAACAGUCAGUGCCAUGGACUUGGGAUUGCUGCGUCUCGUGGAUCCCAACCAGGGCGAGGCCAACACGUCAGACUUCUACAGAAGAAUCAUUAUUUUCACAGAGCAGUGCAUCAUGAGACCAAGGGUUAAAUCAUCAGUGUCCCUCGGAGCUAUUGUAAAGUACAUGACCACCUACACGUCGCAUGACCCCUUCCUGGCCCCGAUUCUGCCCAGUAACCCCUGGCUAACGGAGGAUAACUCCCUCUGGAAACUCAACAUGCCUUAUGCGGAGAACCCAACAAAGAUGAGAGUGGAGCGCUGGACCUUCAGCUUUGGAGAGCUGCUGAGUGACCCGCUGGGGAGAGAUGGCUUCCGGCUCUUCCUGAAGAAGGAGUUCAGCAGUGAGAAUCUGGCUUUCUGGGAGGCGUGUGAGGAGGUGAAAUGGGGCUCUGCAUCAUCGAUACAUGAGAAAGCCCAGCAUAUCUACAAGACAUUCCUGGCGCGUGGUGCCCCUCGGUGGAUCAACAUCGACGGCAGGACCAUGGAGGUGACCGUGAGGGGACUCAAGCACCCCCAUCGCUUUGUGCUGGACGCGGCCCAGACCCACAUCUACAUGCUCAUGAAGAAGGAUAAGUAUGGACGCUACAUCAAAUCCCCUGUGUAUAAUGAGAUUAAGACGGCAGCCAUUGACCCAGCAGCCCACAACUUCAAUGAGGCGCAGAUUGAGCAGAACGCUAAGAAGCGCCGGCCGAGCCUGAGCCCCAUCAUCCUGCGCCAGAUGGAGGAGGAGCAGAAGGCCAAGCUGGCGGCCAGCGCCCCCGUAGACAUCACCCAGCUGUGUCGGUUCACUGCCCCGGUGCCCCACCUGGCGGUGUACUCGGGCAUCUGCGAGACCCAGUCGCUGGCCUCUCCUGGAGGCCUGGCCUCGGCCAUCACCCUCCCCAACACUGCCGCCUGCCCCUCUCCCAUCAGUGUGGCCAUCGACAGCACGCCCGCCUCCGAGCGUCGCUUCGAUGGGACCCACGCCACCGGGCCAGGUAUGGGCACGGAUGAGGAGGGAAGCCAGACGCCAGUGGCCAGUCGGCCCCGUAUGACGCUGUCCCUUGGCAGGCUGCUGCGGCGCGGCUGCAACGCCUCCUUGGUAUUCGCCAGCCUGUCGCCCAAGUGUGCCGUGGCGGCGGGCAGUGGCCGGGUCACGCCAUUGGGUAGUGCCGAGGCGCAGCCUCAGAACACUCAGCACCGCAGGCUGGCAAACUUUUUCCAGAUCAAAGUGGACAUCCCCCCGGAGUGCCGCAUCUAUCCCAUCGAUUCGGAGGACGAGCAGGAGAGUCCUGGCUCCGCAAGAGCAGCUGUGAAGGAGAUCAUCUGCCCUUGGGAGUCCGUCACAAAGUAG